AUGCCUUCCCCACCUCUGCCCACCAUGUUCGGCCGUGGAGGACGCAAGGACGAUUACGAGGGUGACGAAUCGUACGGCGUCGACAAGGAGAAGACCGAGCACGAGCUCAGUCUCAACAUUAAGAAGGCAACAAGUCCAGAGGAGUCGGCCCCUAAGCAGAAGCAUGUGCGCAAGUGUAUCGUCUACACUUGGGACUACCACUCGAGUCUGUCGGUGUGGAACGGCCUGCGCACCCAGCCCAUCCUUACCGACGAGGUCCAAACAUUCAAGGCCUUGAUUCUCGUCCACAAGCUCCUCCAGGAGGGUCACCCGGUGACCAUCAAGGAGGCACACAGCCAGACUGGCUGGCUCGAGACAUGUGGUCGUACUGUCGGUGGCGACGGCGUCAAGGGCUACGGCGCACUCAUUCGCGCGUACACUGCGUUCCUCCUCGCCAAGCUGCGCUUCCAUCGCCAUCACCCCGAGUUCAACGGUCUGUUCGAGUAUGAAGAGUACAUUUCGCUCAAGAACAUUGACGACCCGAACGAGGGCUACGAGACGAUUACCGACCUCAUGUCGCUGCAGGACCAGAUCGACUCGUUCCAAAAGCUCAUCUUCGCCCACUUCCGCGGUUCCAACAACAACGAGUGCCGCAUCUCGGCUCUCGUCCCCCUUGUCAAGGAGUCGUUCGGUAUCUACAAGUUUAUCACGUCUAUGAUGCGUGCCAUGUUCCGCCGCACCGACGCUGCCGAUGCUCUCCAGCCCCUGCGCGAGCGCUACAACUCGCAGCAUUACAACCUCCGCCGCUUCUACUACGAGUGCUCCAACUUGAAGUACCUCACUGGCCUCAUCAACGUACCCAAGCUCGGCCAGGAGCCUCCCAACCUGCUUGAUUCUGGACCUAAUGACGCUCCAGACAUGCCUCCUCGCCCCAACCUUGCUGCCAAAAAGGACGCUACCAAAGACAUUCCGCGUACCGACUCGCCCUCUGCCACCCAGGGCGAGAUUGAGGAGCAGCGUCGCAUGCUCGAGGAGUAUGAGCGCAAGCAGCAGGCCCUCGUUGCUCAGCGCGAUGCCGAGAAGCUGAGGCAGAACCAGCAAAAGGCCCAGGAGGAGGCCGAGUUUGCCGAGCGCCAGCGCCAACAGGAGGAGCAGGCUCGUCUUGCCCAGGAGCAGCUUCUGCGCGACCAGAUGAACCAGCAGUGGCACCAGCAGAGUGCUGGCGAGGCCCAGCAGCUCCAGCAGGAGAUGCUUGGCAUGCGCAAUCAGUACGAGCGCGACCAGAUGCUGCUCGAGCAGUAUGACAGGCGAGUCAAGUCGCUCGAGACUGAGCUCGCCAUGGUCGGCGCCAACGUCGGCGCUCAGAUGUCGACCAAGGACGAGCUCAUUGCCCAGCUCUCCAAGCAGAUUGAGGUUUGGAAGAACAAGUAUGAGGCCCUCGCCAAGCUUUACUCUCAGCUCCGUGGCGAGCACCUCGACUUGCUCAACAAGUCCAAGGGCUUCCAGCUCAAGGCCAACUCGGCGCAGGAGGCCGUCGACAAGAUGGAGCGCAUGGAACGGGACGUCAAGACCAAGAACCUCGAGCUUGCCGACAUGAUCCGCGAGCGUGACCGCAGUCGCUACGACCUCGACCGUCUCAAGUCGAGCCACAAGGAGGAGAUUGAACGUGUCAAGCGUGAUCUCAGCUUUGCCAACGAGCGCGCCGAGGAUGCGUCGCGUAACAAGAGCAGCGAGGUGUCGACCGUCAUGUCCAAGUACAACCGCCAGCUAGGCGAGCUGGAGGACUCGCUCCGCAGCAAGCAGCUCCAGAUUGACGACCUGCUCACCAAGCUGGACGACAAGGAGGACACGCUCUCGCGCACCCUUGAGGAGAAGGAGGCCGAGCUUGCCAUCAUGCAGGAGGGCAUGGACCAGACCAUCAAGGAGCUUGGCGACAUGCGCCUUGCCCAGGGCGAGACGUCCACCACGUUUGAUGCCCAGGUCGACACCCUUAUCCUUGACCACCGCAAGGAGCUCAACGCCAUCAUUGACUCGAUCCUCCAGGCCUGUGUGCAGAAGGUCGACGACUCAAUCUACGAGCUUGAGGCCCCCAUGCAGACCGGUAACACCACCGCCACCGCCCCGUACACUCUGUCCAUGAUCGAAAAGGCCAUGGCCAACGCGACCGAGUUUGCGUCCACUUUCAACCUCUACCUUGGCCGCAAGUCUGGCGGUGGCUACGUGGACGUCAUCAAGACCGCCAACGAGCUCGCCCAGUCCGUCUCGGACACUCUUCUUGCGUCCAAGGGUCUUACCCGCCUCUCAGAGGGCGACGACGCCUCGGACAAGCUCGUCAAGGUCGCCAAGACGGCCGGUGAUGUUGUCCAGCGCUUCUUCCUCAACCUCCAGUCGUACAAGCUUGUCGGCGGUGGCAACAAGGAGGACAUUGCGCUCCGCAACAACGCCGAAGCGCGCAACGCCCUCGGCAAGCUGUCGGAGGUUGUCGAGACCAUGAUUCCCAAGUCCAAGAUUCUGACUCCCGCCAACGGCGACCUCGGCGACCUGGUCGCCAACGAGAUGGAGUCGGCCGCCCGCGCCAUUGCCGACGCGACCGCCCGCCUCGAGGCCCUGCGUGCCCGCCCCUCGUCCAAGUUUGACGUUCUCGAGGGCCACGUGCACGAUGCCAUCCUCAACGCUGCCCUGGCCAUCACCAAUGCCAUCGGUCGCCUCAUGCAGGCCGCAGCUGCGAGCCAGGAGGAGAUUGUCCGCGAAGGCAAGGGCACCUCGUCGACCCAGCAGUUCUACAAGCGUAACCACCGCUGGACAGAGGGUCUCAUUUCGGCCGCCAAGUCGGUUGCGUACGGCACUGGCCUCCUCAUCGAGGCCGCCGACGGUGUCAUCUCGGGCACCCACUCGUUUGAGCAGCUCAUCGUGGCCUCGAACGAGGUCGCCGCCUCUACUGCCCAGCUCGUCGCCGCAUCCCGUGUCAAGGCGUCGCUCACGUCCAAGGCGCAGCACAACCUCGAGCUGGCGUCCAAGGCCGUCACGGACGCGUGCAAGGCCCUCGUCAAGCAGGUCAAGGUUAUUUCGAACCAACACACCGACGAGGAGGUGGUCGACUACAAGGCCAUGGCGUCGCAUGAGUUCAAGACGCGCGAGAUGGAGCAGCAGGUCGACAUUCUCCGUCUGGAGAAGGAGCUCGGCGCCGCGAGGAGGAGGUUGGGCGAGAUGCGUCGCGCGGGAUACCACGAGAAUGACGACUGA